ACUGUGAGCUCCGUUCGUAUUUUAAAUUUUUCGGGAUGCUUGCCUUUCCACGCCCACCCUAGACAGUAGAGCGAUUGAACAUUCUAGUUUUGUCUAGACUAGCGCACUCGGAGUAGUUUAUUCUUAUCAAAUCAUUAGUUUAUCAGGUUGAAUCUUGGUCAUGCUGUAGCUGAUAAGAUUUGAACUUUAUACUCGUGAUAUUGCAGGUACUUUCAGCAGCUUCUGAUUAAUUUGAAGAGCAAGAGCGCGAGAUUUCGACUCUGUUUUCGACGGUGCGCAAUAAUCAACGAAGAGAUAUGAUAAAACUGAAAGAAGAAGUGGAUUUAACGGGGUAUACGCUCGUUCUUCCAUCAGUGGCUGUGGGCAAUGUCGGACAACUGGCUGUAGACCUCUUUAUAUCGAGUCUAAAUGCGAGAAGAAUAGGUUACAUUUGGUCUUCAGAAUUUAUACCAAUCUUCGGGCCCGAUCCUUAUGAUGAAAAUUCAUCUGACCUUUGCACGGCCCUAGAUGUAUUUUGCAGUCCAGAGAAAAAGGUCCUGCUUCUUCAGAUACGUUCGCCGCUUAUCAAAGAGCCUGUCAUAUUUUUUGACGAGUUGCAAAAUUUUAUUGCAGAAAAAAACAUUGCUAAGGUCGUAAUUUUAACCAGUAGUUACUCUCAUGAAAGACGAGAUCAUCAGAUUAGGACUGUUCCAUUACGUUACCUUGCGUCCCAGGAUAUAAUGUUGGAACACAGUGAAAAAUUCAACAGAUUGAAUUGGACGUAUCUCGAAAGUAAGGCAGUUGAAGAUGGAAGUAGUGAGGUUCUUGAAAUACCAGGUGGAGGGUUUGCCAAAGCCUUGUAUGAUGCAUUGUUGAAAAUUAAGAUUCCUUGCAUAGUUUUAUUGAGAUUUUGUUCUGAGGGAGACAAUGUUCCAGAUGCAGUAGAGCUGGCUAGUUAUCUUGAUCAGUGGCUACAGCUAUUCUCAAAAGAUGUUUCAGGCAAUUUGAUAAUAACAAAACCUCCAUCUUGGAAAUUUUUAUUUGGCAAUAACCCACCACUUGAAAUUUUUUAAGUAUGCUUUGGAGUAUUUUUGUGAAACAAAAUAAAUAUAUUUCAUAUCA